AGAAACACCGCUGAUGAUAUUUGAAUUGAAGCACAGGAAGAUGUUCCAAUCCUAUCAUAAUAAGAGGUGUCUUCCUUUCAUAUGACCUGACUACGGGAGACUGUGAAGGGAAGUCGGCUUGAUAGUUGACGACGUCAAGUCAAUUGGUCGACAAGCGGACCCGGUCGAGCCUGAGCGGACGGUUCCGCAAGCUUAGUCAGAUUGACUGUACCCAUCACUUCAUCGAGUUUUCUCUCAUCUUCGAUCGUCAGCGUCUCGCUUGAGCCAUCAACAACGCCGACAACAAAAACACCCAGAUUAAAGCUCGCCAAAAAUGGUACGGCAUCUGCAUGUUCGGUUUACUUGUGCGAAAUCCUCACGGAAUCCGCCCAGCCUCUGGCUAUCGAUCUAUUGAACCCCUCUGCAGAACAUGAGCGCAAGCAGCAUAAACUCAAGCGUCUCGUCCAAUCCCCCGAUUCUUAUUUCAUGGAUGUAAAAUGUCCAGGAUGCUUUGCUAUUACUACUGUGUUCUCCCAUGCACAAUCAGUCGUGCUUUGCGGCUCGUGUUCGAGUGUCCUCUGCCAACCUACGGGUGGUAAGGCGAGACUAACUGAGGGUAGUUCAUUCCGUCGGAAGAAUUAGAUAUCAAACUCUUCAGACUUUCACUCACAUUACACUUCGCGCCGCCUUUGCAUCCUUGCCCCAAAAUCAUAUGAUGUGCUACUGGGCUUGAAUUGUUACAUCUUCUCUCGCAAAAUUUGAGAUCUGACUUGUCAUUCAUGUACUUUCCCAUCGGCGCAUAUAAUACAUACGAUCUUUCUGAUCUGUUC